CAGUCCACGUUCGGGAUGGUACUCAUAAAGGAAUACCAAGUGCUGUUGCCCUGUUCAGUUGAAGAGUACCAGGUCGGCCAGCUGUUCUCUGUUGCUGAGGCUAGCAAGAAUAACACUGGAGGAGGAGAGGGUAUUGAAGUUCUUCGAAAUGAACCAUAUGAAAAGGAUGGAGAGAAAGGCCAAUACACGCACAAGAUCUACCACAUACACAGACUGAGAAAACCACAUCAUAAAGGGGUGAGCUGGGCUUUCCACACCUCAAACGGUGAUAAACGCUGGUCCCCAAUACAUGCUUUGCAGUUCAACAAGGUACCCAGUUUCAUCCAGAUGUUUGCUCCAGAGGGAGCCCUUGUCUUCCACGAGAAAGCUUGGAAUGCCUACCCCUAUUGUCGCACCAUUGUGACCAAUGAAUACAUGAAGGAUGACUUUUUCAUUAAGAUUGAGACCUGGCACAAACUAGACAUGGGGACCACAGAAAAUCCCCAUGGUCUUUCCCCAGAGGAAUGGGAGGAGGCUGAGGUUGUUCCAAUUGACAUCGCUGACCGAUCACAAGUUGAUGAUGUGGACUAUAAGCCAGAGGAAGACCCAGCCAUCUUCCAUUCUGAGAAAACUGGAAGAGGACCCCUGGGACCAGGAUGGAAGAAGGAGCUCCACAACAGUAACUGUCCCUAUAUGACUGCCUAUAAGCUUGUAACGGUGCAUUUCCGCUGGUGGGGGCUGCAGGGACGAGUGGAGAACUUUAUUCACAAGCAAGAGAAGCGCCUCUUCACUAAUUUCCAUCGGCAGCUCUUCUGCUGGCUAGACCGUUGGGUGAACCUAACCAUGGAUGACAUCCGCCGGAUGGAGGAGGAGACACAGAGAGAGCUGGACCUGAUGCGGAAUGAGGGAUCUGUCAGAGGAAUGAAAGCAGGAGAAGACUAGACGGAGGGAGAAAGAGAUUGGAUGGAAGAGAGGGAUAUGGGGCUAUGUUCAAUCAACCAUUAUUUGACCUUCAGUCACCCCAUGGCCAUUCACAGCGUGCCACAUCACCGAGUCCUUCCACACAUGAAACUGUCAUCCCUCAUCCAGGAAGUGUCUGUGUACGUGAGAGUGCAUGGUUUCUGAGAGAAUGUGUAUGAGUGUGUAUCUUUGUCAUAGUUUUUGUCCUUGCUUUUCCAUUGGCUCUUAACCUCAUUAUUUGCUGUCAAAAUUCAUUGUUUUUUACUGAAAAAUGUUACACAAUAUCAACCUUUUUAUAAUAAGUAUUAUUACUCUCACUGUUUUUUAUUCAUUUUGAACCAUUAGCUCGUGACUAUGCCAGUGACUCCCAUAAAAAAAAUCACCCCCACUAUUAAGUCUGUGGUGCAUUUCUCCUAUUUACACAUGUAUCUAAAUUAUGAUGAUAACCAUUCACUUAUUUUAAUUAAAAUGUAUGCUACUUCAAGUCUCAGUGGUAGCUUCAGAUUGAAGAGAACCUGUGAGAUAGUCACCAUUUUAAUGCAGACCUAUGAAAGUUUUGAGAUGAUUGAGUGGAUGACAUGUCUUUUAAACUUGAGUGUAACCAGUGGAACCCCUCCCGCCUCUGCCCAGACCACGCUUCCAAAGAGUUGGGUUGGCUAGGGAACUUUUGGAGAGUUGAGUCUGAUUUACAAUAAUAAUAAAGACUAAUAUUGACUAUCAUGAA